AGAACUCUUAAAAGGCCAUAACUUUCUAGCUACCAAAAGUUAGGAAGAACUUUUUACAGAGAAUUAUGGAUGUGGAUGAAGUAGUAUUAGCAUCUUCAAUCGAAGCAAAGCUUAGUCCUGAGCCUCCAUUGUCAACUCGAGCUUCUAUCUUCAGAGUUCCUCAUGUAUUCUGUCGACAAAAUGAAGGUGCUUUUGCUCCUAAUUUAGUCUCAAUUGGUCCCUUUCACCAUGGUUAUGAAAACUUGAAGAACAUGGAAGAAUUCAAACUAUGGUAUUUGCAUGGCCUCCUUCAUCGGGCACCAACUUCACAGACAAAUUUAAGGAUAUUAACACGAGCCAUUUGGCAGUUGGAAGAACGUGCACGUGAGUGUUAUGCAGAACAAUUGAUCGGCCUUGACAAAUAUGAGUUCGUUGAAAUGCUGUUACUUGAUGGUUGUUUCAUCAUUGAACUUUUCCGCAAGAAAGGACAAUUAAGAUACGACGACGACGACGAAGAUCUCAUAUCCAGUACACCUAAUUGGAUGGACAGUUACUUGCGAGUUGAUUUGAUGUUACUUGAAAACCAAAUUCCAUGGUUUGUUCUUGAAUGUUUAUUCGACCUAACUGUGUCUCCUCUACAAAGAAGCCCUUCCCUUGUGGAACUUGCACUUGGUUUCUUUGAUACUAUGAUGCCAAUGACAGUUCCUGCUAAAUCGAGCUUUAGAGUUGAUGAAACCAAACAUUUACUUCACUUGCUGUGGAACAGCAUAAUUUCAGUUUCUUCUACAGAUGUAGAGUUGACAAUAUUGGAGAAGAAUGAAUACUGGGAAGUAAUUCCUUCUGUUACAGAUCUUGUAGAGGUUGGAAUCAAAUUCAAGAAAGGUAACCCUAAAGAAAUAUUGAAUAUAAGAUUCAAAGAUGGGGUGAUGGAAAUACCACCAUUGUUAAUUCAGGGAAGUACAGAACGUCUGUUUCGGAACCUGAUUGCUUAUGAGCAGUGUUGUUAUUUAUUGCCUAGCAGAAUCACAUCUUAUGUUGUAUUUUUGGAUCGACUCAUAAACUCAUCAAAGGAUGUGCAUUUACUAGGAGUGGAAGGAAUAUUAGAGAACUGGUUGAGCACUGAAGAAGAUGCUUCCCUUUUCUUUAGCAGGGUAUGGAAUGGUGGUACUCUCCAUAAAUUCUAUUAUGUGGGACUUUGCCAUAAAGUUAAUACUUAUUAUGGAACUAGUUGGCAUAAGUGGCGUGCGACACUGAAGCGUGACUACUUCAACAAUCCAUGGACAAUAAUUUCCGUCUUUGCUGGAAUCGUGCUGCUACUUCUUACCUUCUUGCAAACCUUAUUCUCUAUCCUAAGUUAUCAUUAAUUAGUUUUUUU